UGCUCUACUGGCACUUAUGAGAUCCAGUCCUGGCAACAUGGAGAAGAUAGUCAUCUGCCUGAUGUUCAUCUUCUUGGGGACAGUGGCCCAUAAAUCUACCUUCCAAGGGCAAGAUCGCCUCUUGAUUAGAUUGCGUCAACUUAUAGAUAUUGUUGAUCAGCUGAAAAAUUAUGUGAAUGACUUGGACCCUGAUCUUCUGCCAGCUCCAGAAGAUGUAAAGAGACACUGUGAGCAGUCAGCCUUUUCAUGUUUUCAGAAGGUCCAACUAAAGUCAGCAAAUACAGGAGACAGUGAAAAGACCAUCCAUAUAUUAACUAAACAUCUGAAGAGGAAACUACCUCCCUCAAAUGAAGAGAGAAGACAGAAACACAGACUGACAUGCCCUUCAUGUGAUUCUUAUGAGAAAAAACCACCCAGAGAAUUCCUAGAAAGACUGAAAUCACUAAUCCAAAAGGUAUCUAACUUAAAUUACAUUCUAUUUUCUCUUUAAGCUUUAUUUAUACAAAUUGCUUUUUAUGUUUAGGUUACUCAUGGUGUACUAUUUCCACAGAUGAUUCAUCAGCAUCUCUCCUAGAACAGAUGGGAUAUGAAGGUUCCUGAGGCGCUAACUGAAGCUGGACACUAUAUUACAUACUCUAACACUGUAGUGAACCUCACUUCUUGGUAUUCCAAGUGGAGGAGUACAACAUAUUAGUGAUGGGGAAAAAACUCAGAUAAGUGUUCAAAGUCAGGAUUAUUUCCCCCAAAUUACUAUGUAACAGUCAUUUUGAUCUACAUGCUUUGUGUUUAGUUAACUUGGAAAAAAUCCUCUACUCAAUUAAGAGUCUAAUUUCUAUUGUUACAGAUUUCUGUGACUUCUUAAGUUUUUACUUUAUCUUACUGCCCAACUAUGACAUUUCUUGGUUGGGGGAGAAG